CCCCAAUCCUGUGGAUCUGCAUCCUGAACGCCCGCACGGAUCCUCCGAGGCGGGUGGGCAUGGGAGCCUUCCCCACGCAGGGACACUAAGACCCUUCUCCUCCCCUCAGACACCCACUUACAUCCGACACAUUUCGUUACCUCUGAAAUUCAAACGCCGCCAGCAGGGGACAGACAGACAGACAGACAGGGUGUGCAUAGACAAGUGCAUCACAAGGUCAGGGCCAAGAAACCGAACGCCCCAAGGUCCUUGGGCUGGAUGGGGGGCAGAACCAGCCCAAUUUUUCAGUUCCCUCCCCUUGCGAAGGAAUUGGGGUGAGGGCAAGUCAGAGCCUGCUGUGUGCUGUUUGUCCUGCGGGAAAGGAUUGCUGCUGCCACCUGAAAAGCAGCAUCCCAAAGCCAGCAUCCCCAAACCAGCACGUCCUGGUGCCCAGACUCACGGGAGCUGCCCAGGGAGGCGCAGGGCACGGGGCAGCACCGGCUGCUGAGUUACCCUGGCCCCACCGAGGAGCAAAUAUUUCCAAAUCCCUUCCGGAGGUGUUAUGAAAUCUCCUCUCAGGUGGGAGGGGAAGACCGGCUCCUCCGGCAGCUCCUCGCCCGGGGAAGGAGCAGUGCUGCCUGCAGCCCUCGGAGCUGAUGCUGAGCAGAUUGGAUCCCCGGGUGCGCAUCCCCGCCACAAACAAAGCACCUCCCCAAAACCCCAAGGACCAUAAAGAAGCUCGUGAGGCCCAAAGCAGGGCAGGCCUGCCGUGACGCUGCUCUCCCCCACUACGAGAGCCGAAUCCCCCAACAAAUUGAUGGCGAGGUUUUCCUUUGCCGCCGGUAAGCGAUGUCUCACAUCCUCUCCAACCAUAAUGGGCUAAAAAACACAGUUCCCCUGUGGAUUCAGCCCGUUUCCUUCUAUUCUUUAACAGGAAGCUCUGUGAGAGUCAGCCCAGGCAGGCAAAUCGCUCCUCACCCUCUUGUCCCUCCCGGGAUGGCCAGAGCCUUAGCGGGGCUCCAGAGCCACAAGCCAGAGAAGAUGCUGGCUCCGUCCGUCCAUCCGCUCCUCUGGCUCUUCGGCUGCGCGCUGUUCCGAGGUACUACAACCUCCACAGACUCCUCUGUCCACGCCGUAACAGGUCAAUCCCAAUCAACAACACACAGACCUGAAGUAAAGAACCAGACCUCAGAGCCUUCAGUAAAAUCACCACCAACAACUGACUUGAAUCUCACCUCUGUGGGUCAAACUACUACAGUCAAAUCCUCUUCUGUUGCUACAACACUGCUAGCGUUGACUGUGCAAGAUGAAAAGUCUAGCGGAAGCAGCAGCACAGCAGCUUUGCCACCUCAAGGUCAAGAGCCUAAGAGAAGUGAGAGUACCACACCAUCAGCAACUCAAGGCACCUCAAAGCCAGCCACCCCUACACCGAAGCUCUCUGGCUACCUCCCUGAGCCCACUCCAACAGAUGAGAAAUCACCACUGACGGUGGCAGCUUUUGGUGUCAUCAGCUUCAUAGUUAUCCUGAUAGUGGUUGUGAUCAUUCUGGUCAGCGUGGUCAGCCUGAGGUUCAAGUGUAACCACUCAAAGGACUCAGAAGACAAACAGAAACCAGGGACCUCCAUGGUAUCAGAGAGCUGCUCGGCAGGUGCCAGCCAGAAGGAUAACAGCAUCACUCUAAUCUCCAUGAAGAACAUCAACAUGAACAACAGCAUGGGUUAUCCACCAUCAGAAAAGGUGCUAUGAAGCCAAGGACCCCAAGCUCGAAGCUGACUCAUGACAACCAGCAUUGAUUUUUCUAGGUUGCUUUUUAUUUUUCCUUGGGGAGAGAGCAAGGGUGGACUUUAUAUAUAAAUUAUUACAUCCUUUCUGAUCAAUACAUUUGCAGUAGCAUCCCACAUAGCUUCCUCAUUUGGGGUCCAAGGGCUUUCUCCAGUUACAGCCUGCCACGCUCAAUGGUUGAUAUCUAACUCUAUUUUUAAUAUGCCUUCAAAUCCUCAGAUUAUUCCAGCAGCAAGAAGCACCAAGAAACCAUCUACUUCGCUAAUAAACUGCUGCCUUAGAUUAAUGGCCUUUAUACUCUGUGCCAGCCAGUCACAGGCUCGUUAAUCAGUAUAGCCCCACAUUGAGUCAAACCCACGCAUUAGAAAAGCAUGAUCUGAAGCUGAAGGCCUACUGGGACGUAAAUGGCCACGUGCUAGGUCAAAUCCCAGCAUGACUGCUCUGAGCCCCUUAUCCUUGAGGCCCUCAUUGUCCCCGCAGCGGUGGGGAUGACAGUAGCCACCUACCUCACAGGGUUGUUGUGAGGCUAUGUUAAUCAAUGUCUGUAAAGCAUUUGGAGAGCCAUGAAUUAAAGGUGCUGCUGAAAUGCAAA